AUGGAGCCUAAGCCUAUCUUUGUGUUACCACUUCCUUUCAUGCUCUUCAGUAUUCAUUGGUUUCUAUUGGCUCUUCAUGGCAGUGCUGCUGAGAGUUCCAUAUAUAUAGUGCACAUGGACAAAUCCUUGUUUCCUCGGGUCUUCACAACCCAUCAUGAUUGGUUUGAAUGCAUCAUCGAUUCCACAAAAUCAGCAACACUUCGUCACUCAUCCAGGCAAUCACAGAAACUAGUGUACUCCUAUAACCAAGCCAUGUAUGGCUUUAGUGCAGUACUAACUUCAGAAGAGUUAGCGGCUGUCAAGAACUCCCUGGGCUUUGUCGCAGCAUAUCCAGACAGAACUGCCACCAUAGACACCACUCACACUUUUGAGUUUCUCUCCCUAGAUUCUUCUAGUGGCCUGUGGCAUGCUUCAAAUUUUGGGGAGGAUGUCAUUGUGGGUGUUAUUGACUCUGGUGUGUGGCCUGAGAAUGAAAGUUUCAAAGAUGAUGGCAUGACCAAGAAAAUUCCAAACAAAUGGAAAGGGAUCUGUCAGGAAGGGCAAGACUUUAACACUUCCAUCUGUAACUUCAAACUGAUUGGAGCUAGAUAUUUCAACAAGGGCGUGAUUGCUGCAAACUCCAAGGAUAAAAUCAGCAUGAACUCAGCUAGAGAUACUGCGGGUCAUGGAACUCACACAUCAUCAACAGUUGCUGGCAACUAUGUCGGUGGAGCCUCUUAUUUUGGCUAUGCCAAAGGGGUGGCCAGAGGCAUUGCACCGAGAGCUAGGCUAGCCAUGUACAAGGUCAUUUGGGACGAGGGUCGUGUAGCCUCUGAUGUUAUGGCUGGAAUGGACCAAGCCAUUGCAGAUGGGGUCGAUGUCAUUUCCAUCUCUAUGGGGUUUGAUGGUGUUCCACUCUAUGAGGACCCUAUAGCAAUAGCUUCUUUUGCAGCAAUGGAAAAAGGGGUGGUUGUUUCAUCCUCUGCAGGUAAUGCUGGUCCUGAUCUUGGUACUUUGCACAAUGGAAUCCCCUGGCUUCUGACUGUGGCCGCAGGCACCAUAGACCGCACAUUUGGUACUCUAAUUCUUGGAAAUGGCCAAACCAUUACUGGUUGGACCUUGUUUCCCGCAAAUGCGCUCGUGGAAAAUUUUCCACUUAUCUACAAUAAGAAUACAUCAGCAUGUAACUCAGUCAAGUUAUUAUCCAAAGUGGCCGAAGAAGGAAUUAUUCUAUGUGACUCAGUGUCAGACCCGGAGUUAAUUAUUAAACAACGGAGUUAUGUUAAUAAAGCCAGUUUGUUAGGGGCAGUCUUUAUCUCUGAUCAACCAUUAGAAAAUGAAGAAGGACAUUCCAGAUCUCCAAGUAUUGUAAUUAGUGCACAGGAUGCACCAUCUGUGAUCAAGUAUGCAAAAAGCCAAGAGAACCCAACAGCCAGCAUCAAAUUUCAACAAACAUUUGUUGGAAUAAAGUCGGCACCAGCUGUUGCCGGUUACUCUUCAAGAGGUCCUUCACCUAGCUAUCCUGGGGUCUUAAAGCCUGACAUAAUGGCACCUGGCUCUAAUGUUCUUGCUGCUUUCAUUCCUCAUAGAGUAGCCGCUGCAAUUGGCACCAAUGUGUUCUUACCUAGUGACUACAAUAUUCUGUCUGGAACAUCCAUGGCUUGCCCUCAUGCUUCUGGUGUUGCUGCUCUUUUGAAAGCUGCACACCCUGAAUGGAGUGCUGCUGCUAUAAGGUCUGCAUUAGUAACCACAGCUAGUCCUCUAGAUAAUACACAGAGUCCAAUUAGGGAUCAAGGUUACCGUGCUCAAUAUGCUUCCCCUUUAGCCAUUGGAGCUGGUCAAAUUGACCCUAACAAAGCACUUGAUCCAGGUUUGAUAUAUGAUGCCACCCCACAGGAUUAUGUUAAUCUCCUUUGUGCUUUGAAGUACACACAAAAACAAAUCUUAACCAUUACAAGAUCAGCCUCCUACAACUGUGCAAAACCAUCGUUUGAUCUCAACUACCCUUCAUUUAUAGCUUUCUACAGCAACAAAACAAGGUCAGGUUCCCACAAGUUUAGGAGGACAGUGACCAAUGUUGGAGGUGGUGCUGCCACAUACAGAGCCAAGGUGACACAACCUAAGGGCUCUGUGCUGACAGUGUCACCCGAGAUAUUAACAUUCAGAUACAAAAAUGAGAAGCUAAGCUACGAUGUCAUGAUAAAUUAUAGCAUGUACAAGAAGGAAAAUAUCUCAUAUGGGGAUCUUGUUUGGAUUGAAGAUGGUGGAGCACAGAGAGUUAGGAGCCCAAUUGUAGUGGCACCAGGUGGAAUUGUAUGA